UUCGGGAACUUGCGCUGAGGGGCAGCGCCGAUCUCUCACUGCUUCCAGUUCACCCUCCUUGGCCGCUGACUUCCUCUGGAUGUCUUUACCCAAGUGGUGGCUUUUCUCUCGUUGGCGGGUGGGGGGAACCACCUGUUCUUUUGGACGCAGCCCAGGAGACUGCCACCUCUGACUUCACUCUCAGCUUACGAGAGCUUACAAAGCCAAGCAACUUGCCCAGUGGUGAUGCAGCUAGUGAGAAGAACCAAAACAGAAUCCAAGUCCAUCUGUCUCUAAUCCUGUCCUCCUCACCAGUGGACAACACCACCACCCACUUCUCUUUGUGGCAGCCCAGGGAAACUGGGUCUCUCUGCUCCCUGGUCUGAGUCCAGGAUUCUGUUAAAUAUCCAGAACGCAUCUGCUUACCCACUGUCCCAUAUUGCCUUUCUGAAGGACAUGAAAGUGAUGACAUGGCUGCUGAGAACCAGCCCUAGACCUCUGCUUGAGAGUCCUUCCUCUGAAGACAUCACCAGUGUGUGGAGCCCGCCCCACACCCACCCCCUGCCAAACCACGGCCUUUACCUGUGUCUUCCGGUGUUUCCCGUGCGACCCAUCCUGUGGGAGUGCCUCGUGGGCCGCCCCAGAGUUCACCCCACACUCAGCAGCGCCAAUGGUGAAGAUGACGAGAUCCAAGACUUUCCAGGCAUAUCUGCCCUCUUGCCACCGGACCUACAGCUGCAUUCACUGCAGAGCCCACUUGGCCAAUCAUGAUGAACUUAUUUCCAAGUCGUUCCAAGGAAGUCAAGGACGAGCAUACCUCUUUAACUCAGUAGUUAACGUGGGCUGCGGGCCGGCAGAAGAGCGCGUGUUGCUAACAGGACUGCACGCCGUCGCAGACAUUUACUGUGAAAACUGCAAAACCACUCUGGGCUGGAAAUAUGAACAUGCCUUUGAAAGCAGCCAGAAAUAUAAAGAAGGCAAAUACAUCAUUGAGCUAGCACACAUGAUCAAGGAUAAUGGCUGGGACUGAUUGGAGAGCAUCCACCCACCCCAGUGUCCACGUGAAUCCAUCCAACCGAACAUCCUACCCAAGCGUGAGAGAGUGACUGAACACUUGGUUCCAUCCAUUUAGGGGCCUUGCCAUCUGGGGCAUUCUCCCACCCUGCCACCAUCUUUCUGGUGACCAGCCUCUAAAUCGCUGUCUCUCUGUCUCUUU